UCGACGGUACAAUCUUCAUUUGAUGCCCCCAUCAAUCCAGGUGAUCAAGCAGUGCUUGUCAACGCGCUGUGGUUUGUCAGCCUGGUAUUGAGCCUCCUCAGCGCGCUUCUGGACACACUCGCACAGCAAUGGGUGCAUGAAUACCUACGAAUCCCCUUCACCAGAACGUCGGACUCCAUUAUAUACCAUCAGGCAAAACAUAUUGGACUCGACCGGUGGAAGUUCAGCUGGCUCGUCCCCGCUGUAACACUGUUGAUUCAGGUCUCCGUCGUGCUGUUUCUCAUAGGUCUAUUGGAUCUCAUGUGGCAUUUUGAUCACACUCUUGCCGUAAUUCUGAUCGUCGUCGUCGGCCUCUCGCUAUCUUUUGGUGCAGUUAUCACAAUCACGCCC